GCUGUUAAUGCACGGAAUAGGAAUAGUGUGCGUUUUGCCGCUGAGGUGGUCACGUGAUAAGGGCGGAAACUGACUCAUAGUCCACGCCGAAUCUCCCGCGAACGCAGCCAUUUAGUCUUUCCCUUCUUCGCAGCAGCACCGGCUCCUAUAAAUCUGUAACCAUGGCGGCCGCGGUCGCAAUGACUGAACCCGUAGCUGUUUUUAAGCUUGUGUUGGUAGGAGAUGGAGGUACUGGGAAGACGACUUUUGUGAAACGGCACAUCACAGGAGAGUUUGAAAAGAAAUAUGUUGCUACCCUGGGAGUAGAGGUACACCCACUGCUGUUUCACACCAACAGAGGGGCCAUAAAGUUCAAUGUGUGGGACACAGCUGGUCAGGAGAAGUUUGGAGGUUUAAGAGAUGGCUACUACAUUCAAGCUCAGUGUGCUAUCAUCAUGUUUGAUGUCACCUCUCGAGUCACCUAUAAGAACGUACCCAACUGGCAUCGUGACCUGGUUCGCGUCUGUGAGAACAUUCCCAUCGUCCUUUGUGGCAACAAAGUGGACAUCAAAGACAGGAAAGUGAAAGCCAAGAGCAUUGUGUUUCACCGCAAGAAGAACCUGCAGUACUACGACAUUUCUGCCAAGAGUAACUACAACUUUGAGAAGCCUUUCCUGUGGCUAGCAAGAAAAUUGAUUGGUGACCCUAACCUAGAGUUUGUGGCAAUGCCUGCCCUCGCUCCCCCAGAAGUCCAGAUGGAUCCAUCUCUUGCCGCCAAGUAUGAGGAAGAGCUCCAAGUUGCAUCACAAACAGCACUCCCAGAUGAAGAUGACGACCUCUAACCUGUUCUGUGAUAACCCCCCCACCCCACCCCCCCACCCCACUGUGGACAGGAAGUUGUUGGAGUUCAGCCCUCUUUACUGUAAAAUCCCUUUUCAGAUUUUUUUUAUUUUUGAAUUCUUUUGUUCGUUUUAAAACUAAGAAAAUCUUGGUGGAAAAGUCGUGGUUCUAAUUUCACUGUAUUGACACACCCGCCCUAGUGUUGUUAGCAUGGCGACGUGCUACUCCAUCAUUUAGCACCCUCCACUGCACUUAUCCAGCUCACAUAAUGCUGUUGUAUGGUGUACUGGAAGCACUAAGGGGAGUAAACUUUGAAUAAAAACAUUCUCAGUAUAAAAUGUC